UUUUUUUUUUCUUUUAAAAAAGGAGAAUUUUAUAAAAACCAGGAUGUCGGCUUCUAUAGAAAUACCUCUUCGUGAUACCGAUGAGGUUAUAGAGGUGCAUCCCGAUCAGUUGCCAGAAUGUGAGGAAGUUUUGAGUAUUUUGCGGCAAGAGCAUUCUCAGCUUAAUACUUGGGUCAAUGUGGCGCUUGCUUAUUAUAAACAAAAUAAAACCGACGAUUUUGUUCGUCUCCUGGAAACGGCACGCAAUGAGGCCAAUACAGAAUACCGGGAAAUGGAAAAAGACAAAAUGCGUUGCUACGACAUGUUGGCCGCGCACUAUGUGCAUGAAGCAAACCGUGAAAAAUCAAAGGAUAAGAAGCGGGAACUUUUCAUGAAGGCCACCAACUUGUAUACGGCCGCCGAUAAAAUCAUUAUGUAUGACCAAAACCACUUGUUGGGUAGAGCCUAUUUCUGCCUUUUGGAAGGUGAUAAAAUGGAUCAAGCCGAUGCACAAUUUAAUUUCGUUUUAAAUCAAUCGCCCUCGAAUAUUCCCUCGCUAUUGGGUAAAGCGUGUAUUGCUUUUAAUAAGAAAGACUAUCGUGGUGCCUUGGCGUUCUACAAGAAAGCUUUGCGAACCAAUCCCAAUUGUCCGGCCAAUGUGCGCAUGGGUAUGGGUCAUUGUUUUCUGAAAAUGAAUAACCCUGAGAAAGCCAAGUUAGCUUUUCAACGUGCUUUGGAGUUGGACUCGAAUUGUGUGGGUGCUUUAAUUGGUCUCGCCAUCUUGAAAUUAAAUUUACAUGAGCCGGAAUCAAACAAAAUGGGUGUACAAAUGUUGUCAAAAGCUUAUACCAUUGAUUCAACUAGUCCCAUGGUUCUCAAUCAUUUAGCCAAUCAUUUCUUCUUCAAAAAGGACUACCAAAAAGUGCAACAUUUGGCGUUGCAUGCCUUCCACAACACGGAAAAUGAAGCUAUGCGGGCAGAAAGUUGUUAUCAACUGGCAAGAAGUUUUCAUGCUCAGAAUGAUUACGACCAAGCUUUCCAAUAUUAUUAUCAGUCAACACAAAUAGCACCGGCAAAUUUUGUACUUCCCCAUUAUGGUCUGGGACAAAUGUAUAUUUAUCGGGGUGAUACAGAGAAUGCCGCCCAAUGUUUCGAAAAAGUCUUGAAAAUACAACCCGGCAAUUACGAAACUAUGAAAAUUCUUGGUUCUCUAUAUGCCACAUCAAGUUCCCAGACAAAACGCGAUAUGGCCAAAGCACAUUUGAAAAAGGUCACCGAACAAUUUCCCGAUGAUGUGGAAGCUUGGAUUGAAUUGGCUCAAAUUUUGGAACAAAAUGAUUUACAAGCUUCAUUGGCGGCCUAUGGAACGGCAUCUUCUAUUUUAACAGACAAAGUCAGGGUAGAAAUUCCAGCUGAAAUUCUUAACAACGUUGCCGCUUUGCAAUACCGUUUGGGCAACCUAAAGGUUGCAAAAGAAAAACUUUUGGAAGCAUUGGAAAGAGCCAAAGCCGAGGCACCUAAUGACACGCAAUAUUACGAUUCUAUAUCAGUGACCAUGACAUAUAACUUGGCUCGUUUGAAUGAGGCAAUGAGCAGCUUCGAUGUGGCCGAUAAAUUAUAUAAGGACAUAUUAAAGGAGCAUCCCAAUUACAUUGAUUGCUAUUUACGUUUGGGAUGUAUGGCAAGAGACAAGGGCCUAAUUUUCGUGGCAUCCGAUUUCUUUAAGGAUGCUUUGAAUAUCAAUAAUGAUAAUCCAGAUGCCAGAUCACUUUUGGGUAAUUUGCAUUUGGCCAAAAUGCAGUUUGCUUUGGGCCAGAAGAAUUUUGAAACAAUUCUCAAGAAUCCUGCAACUUCCCAAGAUGCAUAUUCGCUUAUUGCUUUGGGCAACUUUUCAUUGCAGACAUUGCAUCAACCCACAAAGGACAAGGAUAAGGAAAGGAAGCAUCAAGAAAAAGCUUUGUCCAUUUACAAACAGGUAUUACGCAAUGAUCCCCGCAAUAUUUGGGCCACGAAUGGCAUAGGUGCCGUCCUAGCACACAAGGGAUGCGUGAUUGAGGCACGAGAUAUUUUUGCUCAAGUGCGAGAAGCUACUGCCGAUUUUUGUGACGUUUGGCUUAACAUUGCGCACAUCUAUGUAGAACAGAAGCAGUACAUCAGUGCCAUUCAGAUGUACGAGAACUGCAUGAAGAAAUUCUUCAAACAUCAUAACGUAGAAGUAAUGCAAUAUUUGGCCAGAGCCUAUCUUCGAGCAAAUCGUUUAAAAGAAGCGAAAAUGGUGCUUUUGAAGGCUCGAAAAGUAGCACCACAGGAUACGGUGUUGCUGUUUAAUAUUGCCGUUGUUUUGCAACGUCUGGCAAUGAACAUUUUGAAAGAUGAAAAAUCCACUUUGGAAGUGGUACUGCAAUCUGUCCAUGAGUUGGAAUUAGCACAAAAAUAUUUCCAAUAUUUAUCCGUGCAUGGCGACAAAACUCGUUUCAAUAUUGAAGUUGCUGGUAUUGAGGCAAAUCAAUGCCAGGAUUUAUUGUCACAGGCCCAGUAUCAUGUGGCUCGUGCUCGACGCAUAGACGAGGAGGAGAAGGCAUUGAAACGCAAACAGGAAGAAGAACGUAUGGCCUUCAAAAUGCGCCAAGAAGAGGAACGUCGCAAACGCGAGGAAUUGGAAAAGGCUUCACGCGAACAAAUGUUGGUCAAACGUCAAGAGUAUGUGGAGAAGACCAAGAAUUUGAUGUUAACGCUAGAUGUGGCACCAGAAAAGGAACGCAAAAAAGGUGGCGGAAGAUCGCGCAAGGAUGAAAUCGUUACUGACUCCGAUGGUAGUGAAGGAGGCGGUGCUGGACGUUCCGAGGAGGGUGGCGGCGAACGUAAAAAGAAAUCUAAGGGUGCACCACGUAAAAAGAAAGAAAGCGCCCCACGCAAACGUAAAGCUAAAGAUGCCUAUAAUAGUGACAGCGACGGAGAAGGCGGUGGUGGUGUCAAGGAAAAGAAACAAAAGAAGAAACAGAAACUUAGUAAGAAGGCUGCCUUGGAGGAGAAAAUAUCGGCUAAACAACGCAUGAAAAUUGUUUCGAAAGCGACUAUCUCUACGAGUGAAUCGGAUAGUGACAGCAAUGCUGGGCCGCGAAAACGCAAAGCAGACAUUGUUAGUGGCAGUGACUCCGAUGCUAGUGCUGGAAGUGUUAAACGUGCUCGCAAACGUAUUGCCUCUGGAAGCGAUUCAGAUCGGUCCAGGUCACGAUCUAGGUCGGGAUCUCGUUCUGUGUCACGUUCACGCUCACGUUCUGUUUCAAGAUCGCGAUCACGCUCCAAAUCUGGAAGUCGUUCUCGCAGUCGCAGCGGUUCCCGCUCCAAAUCAGGAAGCCGAUCUCGUUCGCCAAGCCGUUCCAGAUCACGUUCCGCAUCAAAAUCAGGUGGUUCAGGAUCUGGAUCAGGUUCUGAGUAA